GUUUACAUGAAGCGUAACGAUUGCCGACUCCUAAAACGAAAUCAAACCGGAUGGCAGACAAUUUCUGCAAUAAAGGUUAUUUAAUAAAUUAACAAACAUCAGAAUGUAAUUUUAGGUUUAUUUGUCCCGUUCUUUAUUUGAUCACUUUAUUAAUUCCUAAAGGUUUUUUUUUUGUGUGUUUAUUGGGUAGAGCCUUAGACACCCCCGCCCCACCCCCGCCCUUUUCGUAAGCUUGAUUAUUCCAUUAGUCGGGAUUGCCCAGUCCACGGGCAGGGAAACAGUUUAUUGAUUGCAUUUUCCGCCAUCCGCACUCCUUAUUCAUCUCUCUGCCUCUUUUCUUUUCUUCUGCCACUGCAGAGGCAGAACUGCAACGUCAUAAAAAUCCAACAGUAAUUUCUCCACCGGUAGCGGCCAUUUUACUUGAGGAUACCAGCACUUUACUCUUUAAGAAUCUCCGAUAGCGUCUCCUUUGUAUGUGUGCGAAGAAGCUCUGACGCCGCAUCAGCAACUCCUAAGCCCUGUGGAAGCUACUGGAAAGGAUUUUGAUGGUUCACAUCUCCUCCUGCAUCAUAUAGGCUUUAUAACACUUUGAGCACUUUGUCCUCUGCCUGAGGGGAGAAAGAUGGAGGAUUCAUACAGAGACAGGACUUCACUGAUUAGGGGUGCCAAAGACAUUGCCAAGGAAGCUAAAAGGCAGGCGGUACGUAAAGUGAACAAAGCUGUAGACAGAGCGCAGAAUGAAUAUACACAGCGCUCCUACAAUCGAUUUCAGGAUGAAGAGGAUGAGGACUAUUACUAUAAGCAGGACGCAAACUAUAAUGAGCAUGUGAAUGAAAAUGACGGCGGCUCAAGUGAAGAUACAGAAGGACACGAUGAAGAUGAUGAAGUUUAUGAAGGAGAGUAUCAAGGCAUUCCUAACAAUGGCCAGCAGAAGGAGAACCAGGUGGCCCUUGGACUGCCGGCCAUGGAUCAGUACAAAGAUCGGCGUGAACUCGAGACAGAGCGCAAGGCCGAUGAAGAAGAGCUUGCUCAGCAAUAUGAGCUCAUCAUCCAGGAGUGUGGCCAUGGCCGCUUCCAGUGGCAACUCUUCUUUGUUCUGGGGAUGGCUUUAAUGGCUGAUGGUGUUGAAGUAUUUGUGGUGGGCUUUGUGCUCCCUAGUGCUGAGACAGACAUGUGCAUUCCUAACUCUGGAUCAGGAUGGCUUGGCAGCAUCGUGUACCUUGGGAUGAUGGUGGGGGCUUUCUUCUGGGGUGGCAUGGCAGACAAAGUCGGCAGGCGACAAUCCCUACUCAUCUGCAUGUCAGUCAAUGGAUUCUUCGCUUUCCUGUCUUCCUUUGUCCAGGGUUACGGCUUCUUUUUGCUUUGCCGCUUGCUCUCAGGAUUUGGGAUCGGUGGAGCGGUUCCAGUUGUGUUUUCCUUUUUCUCAGAGGUUCUUGCAAGAGAAAAAAGAGGAGAGCAUCUGAGUUGGCUCUGCAUGUUCUGGAUGAUUGGUGGAAUCUAUGCUUCAGCCAUGGCAUGGGCCAUAAUACCACACUAUGGUUGGAGCUUCAGCAUGGGGUCAGCUUACCAGUUCCACAGCUGGAGGGUGUUCGUCAUAGUGUGCGCUCUGCCCUGCGUUGGCGCCGUGGUGGCACUCACCUUCAUGCCUGAGAGUCCACGGUACUUCCUAGAGGUUGGAAAGCAUGACGAAGCCUGGAUGAUUCUGAAACAAAUUCACGACACCAACAUGAGAGCUCGUGGGCAGCCAGAAAAGGUCUUCACGGUUAACAGAAUCAAGACUCCUAAACAGAUCGAUGAACUGAUUGAAAUCCAGUCUGAGACCGGAAAUUGGAUUUCAAGAUGCAUCGUCCGAGUUCGUACCGAGCUGAGAGGGAUCUGGGUGACAUUCAUGAGGUGCUUCAACUACCCAGUGAAAGACAACACAAUCAAGCUGGCCAUCGUCUGGUUUACGCUGUCUUUUGGUUACUACGGAUUGUCCGUCUGGUUUCCAGAUGUCAUCAAGCAUCUGCAGGCUGAUGAAUACGCAUCAAAAAUGAAAAACUUCACAGGGGAAAACGUAGCCAACAUGACAUUCAACUUCACUUUGGAAAACCAGAUCCACAUUAAUGGAGAAUACACCAAUGACAGAUUUUAUAAAAUGAAGUUCAAAUCAGUGACCUUUGAAAACUGUGUGUUCAAGAACUGCGAAUUUGAAGAUGUUACUUCAGUGGGUACCUACUUCAGAAACUGCACAAUAUUAUACUCACAUUUCUUCAACACAGACAUUGAUGAAUCCAAGCUCAUUGACACUGUAAUAAAGAGCAGUAGUUUUUCAGAGAACAAAACAGGCUGUCAAAUCACCUUUGAUGACGACUACAGUGCCUACUGGGUUUAUUUUGUGAACUUCCUUGGAACUCUUGCGGUUCUUCCUGGAAAUAUUGUAUCCGCACUACUAAUGGACAAGAUUGGUCGCUUAACCAUGUUAGGUGGCUCCAUGGUCCUUUCUGGAAUAAGCUGUUUUUUCCUGUGGUUUGGAACCAGUGAAUCCAUGAUGAUUGGGAUGCUGUGUCUUUAUAAUGGCCUUACAAUUUCUGCAUGGAAUUCUCUGGAUGUGAUUACUGUGGAGCUGUAUCCAACAGACAGGAGGGCAACUGGAUUUGGGUUCCUGAACGCCCUGUGUAAAUUGGCAGCAGUCCUGGGAAAUCUCAUAUUUGGCUCCUUAGUAGGAAUCGCCAAAGCCAUUCCCAUCCUGCUGGCAUCCACAGUUUUGGUAUGUGGAGGUCUCGUUGGGCUCAGAUUGCCUGACACAAGGAGCAACGUUCUCAUGUAAAUGGACAAAGCCAUCAACAGUACUGCUUCUGGGUGCCUCAUUACGGUACAGACUAGAUGCAAAAGGUUUAGCUCCUGAGUGGUAAAUGAAUCAAUCAGUGCGUUAAAAUGCCCACAAACAUAAUGCAAUGCUUUAUACUUUUGUCCAUUUUGUAUUUUACAUUCUGUUCAACUGGCUGUUGUGGGAUCAGAAAAAUAAAUAAAAAAUAAGCAAUACAUAUAAAAGAUGAGACAUCGUUCAGUCAUGGCCACCAGCUUUGUCUUCCACCUCUGUACACUUCCAUUACUGUCCAGCAAUGCUCCCCAACAGUGGAUGGGCCUUGAGCUGAUAAAGGAUUGUCUUAUCAUUAGUGUCUGGUAAAGAAGACCUCAGUGAUUCAUAAGUGAGACUUAGUAAUGCAUGAUAAUACUCCAGCAGUAGGUGAGAGGUUUGCAUCCGCUUUCCUGACCAUCACAUUUUGUUUGCAGUCAUUUGCAAAAGAUUGAUUACUAUUGGCACGAAAACGCCUUUCAAGAAAGGGAUGUUAACAAAGAAAUGUUCGCAGUUGUCAUCCAGGGGUGGCAGUAUAACAUUUCAAUGAUAUUUUUAUUUAAAACAUGUAUGUAGGGCAAAGCACAUUCAAACAUGUAUGCUUUAUUUAUAAUUAAGAGAUAUUUUGAUUUGUUUCAACUAGACUUAUUAUAUUUUGUAAGUUAGCUCAAUUGUGCCAAACAUGGGUUCUGUCGAUCUGCAGAAUUUCAGUUAUGUGGAACCUAAACCUAUUGUAUCUAAAUUACAGUUAAUGGAAAAGGCCGUGAUGCACAGAAUAUCCAACAGGUGCAAUUGCAUUACCAUGUAAAAUAAUGUACAUUUUUAAAAAUUACUGCCAUCUUACUUUUUGUGUUCUUCUUUUAUUUACAAUUCUACACAUGCUAUGCCUUGACAAGUUGACAUUUUUCCCCUAGGCUAAACACAAGCAUUUUUUCUUCUUUUGUGUUUCUUGAUUUGAGUUACAUGUUCAUGUGGGUAUCGAAUGCCCAGUAGGUGGCAGUGCCAAUUUCACAAGUUCAUUCUUACAAUAGUUAAGCAGUCCUUUGCGAAAACAUAAUGGCCUUUUAUUAAUGCAGUGCCUCUCCUUUAAAUUAUUGCCAGAGUAGAUAAUGUAGUGCAUCACAUAGUUACAGUCGCCAAGAAAGGCUGUUUUAAAAUGAAGUAAUAGCUUUCUGGGUAUUAUCUGCACCCUACAGUGCAUCUCUCAAGCAGUGCCAAAUCCACUCUUAUCAUGAAUGUAUAUAUGUGUAUUCCCAGCCUCACUAUGUAUAUAGUGUCAGAUUUCAAAUAUACAAUAAUGAUGCUGUACAUUAACUUAACUAAAAGCAAACUGCAUCUCUUGCUUGUUAGCACUACAGCUGCACUUGUGUCCGAGGCAACUAACAAAACAAAAUCGACAUUUUUAGCACUAAAGGAGUUCAUUGCCAAUGUACAAAUGAAUCACUGAUCAGGCAAAAAGAUGAGAAGUGCACUGGUUCUUGGAGUAGUGGGCAGGUCAGAGUAUAAAGAUGACAUAAUGGAGGAGCGUCCGUUGACAAAUCAUUGGGUGCUACACAGUUUCUGCUUAUCUGCUUUGAUACCUGAACCCAGGAUGUGUGGCUAGGCAGGUUUUGCCUUCUUAAUAAAAAAAACUGCUCUUGUUUGCAUUACCUAAUGAGACCCACUCAAAGCCUUUAUGUGUUUCAAAUUGUGUGCACCUUCUUGUACCUUUUUGUCCUCACUGCUAAUCUUUAUGCCUUCUUGUAUGUCUGCGAUAUUCCAUUUAUGUCCGAAUUUUCCCGAGUGUGCGUCUGUUACUCCUGUAUCUGUAGCUACUGCUGCACUUUCAUUGCCAAGAUUCCAAAAACUGAGCCCAUGUUGUUGGCUAUAAAUAACUUUAGUUUACCUCUACCCACAAUUUAAAUUUUUUAAUUUUUCAAAUUUUAUAUAGUGCUGCUCUUAUUGAAUUUUUGUGUGUGACUGUAGUUCUACUGAAUUGCAAAUCUAUGUGACUGAUGAAACAUUACUCCACCGCAAUGAAAUUCAAAUAAGCUUGUUGGAUUUUUGGAGUGCUUACGUCAGUGUUUUAGUGGGUGUGUGAUUAUAACCGCACCUGUUCUAAGCUUGUUUAGGGAUGUUGUCCUGUUUAGUCCGUUCACAUUCCACAAUCCCUUUGUCACACUGUAUUCUUUUCAGUCAAGAAGUAAUAAGUAAGUGCAGAGAUUCUAGAUCUCAAAAUAUUUGAAACUGAACAUUUGUGUAUCAUUUUAUGUUUUUUUCCUUGAAAAUACAAGACAGUAUAGACAGAUGCAUGCAAUGAAGGACAUAAGACAGUCACAGUUAUUAGCCAUGGCGUUGGAGAGUGUUGUUAAUUAGCACAUGUAAGAAUUUCAGUGUACUCUUUACAUAUGAAAAGCACCCUAUAAACCCAUAAAAAUUAAAACACACUGGAAAUUCACAUCAUAUGAUGUAUGUACUAACUGAAAAAGUGCAAUCGGUAAAAUUUUAUGAGUGAACACCAGGAGAAAGAAUAUAGUGAAAAAUCUAAACAAGGUUGAAAACAAAAGACACAAAGGGAGACAAGCAACAUCAGACCGCUAAUCAAAAAUCAAACCAAAACUUCAGAGCUAAACUACAAAUGCUAGGAAUUACAAAAAAAGGGUUGCAAGAAUCAUUAAGUUUAUCCAAUCUCAGAUAAACUAUUAGGUGACCUUUACAGUUACAGUCGCAAAGUAGGAAUUUGCUGGACUGUCAUGAUCAGGAGCUAAAUUUUGGGGUCUUGUGGCUUUUUUCCUGUGCUGGGGGCCAUUUUG